AUGGCCUUUAAGAAUGAUAUUUCUGUGAUUGGAAAAUAUAAAAGCUUUGCCCCGACAAAAAUUAAGAACACAAUCUCUAUAGAAGCCGAUAAGCGAUUCAGGCUCAUGCAAUUAGUCAAUGAUGAGACUAUAUUUACAGGUAAGUAUUGGACGACAAAUUCGGUGGCACUUGCUUGGUAUCAAGGACACCUUCACUUAUUUCAAUGGAGAGGGAACCUCGGCUGGUUUCCUCUCACACAGAUAGGCGAGGAGCAAGAGAAUGGGGCUAUGCUCUAUUAUUUCGCGCUAGGAAAUAACCACGAAAUCUGGAAUACCCACGAUGAUUUGCCCUUCAAAAUGCACUUUUUUAUGAGAAGCUUGGAAUGGACGGAACACGAGCAGCGUGUAAUCGAUCAAGUAGUUUCACAAAAUGCGGAUGUACAACUUAACAUCGAGGCAGAUAAGGGCAAACUUCAUCCAACUAUCCAUAAUGGUCAUAUUGUUGUGGUUAUGAGCUAUGCGGAAUUCACAUUGCGGAGUGAUCAGGAGUGGAUGAUGUUAUAA